AAAAUCUUCCAGGCAUUUCUUUUGGAUAAGAGUAUUUUCCCAUUUUCAGUGUAUGUCUGUGAAAGAAGGGCAAGGGACAACAGGAAGGUCGGCACUAACAGGAAAAGGAGCAGCAGCAGAAUUGAUAAUGUCUUUGGCCUCAACAAUCCCCUCAACUGCUAAUGCAGGUACUCAUUCUUAUCAUACUCACUACACCAGUUCUUCAGUUCCCAGAUCAAAUCUUAAGCUCAGGUACACUUGUGUAAGCAAUCCGCACACACUAAAGCGUUUUGCAGUCAUAAGUUGCAGCCAUGGAGAAAAAGAAACGAUAUCCCAAAACCCAUCUAUAACAGACCAGCUUAAACCCUUAGCUCUGGAAUUUCGACACGCAAAACCCUCAGCCACCGAAACCCAUGACCUCAACCAUGGGAUAUCACAGUCCAAACCAAGAUCAGAUUACGUCAAUGGAAGAAAUCACAGAGCAUCAGUUCAACCUAUGGAACGCGAGAGGGGCAGUAAUCCUCAAAUGGCAUGGCUUGGGCGCUUGAAAAGGAAAUUAGAUUCAUGUAAGCCAACCCAGAAGGCUAUUUUUGAGGUUCUAGAUUCCUUACAAGAAACCCCAAGUCCCAAAACUGUGACGACCACUAUGAAUGGUUUUCAAGACUGGAAGAGGGCAUAUUGUUUCUUUCAGUGGCUCCGCAAAAAUGAAGAUUUUCAGAUGAAUACCGUGAUCUAUAAUGUGACCAUGAAGAUCCUGAGGAAAGGAAGGCAAUGGGGUAGGGUGGAGGAGUUGGUUGAGGACAUGCUUGAUCAAGGGAUUGACCCUGACAACAUAACCUUCUCCACUGUGAUAAGUUGUGCCAGACAGUGCAAUCUUCCUCGCAAGGCUGUAGAAUGGUUCGAGAGAAUGAGUGAGAUUGGGUGUGUGCCUAAUGGGAUAACGUAUACUGCAAUGGUAGAUGCUUACAGUAGAGCUGGUCAAGUAGAGGAAGCCAUAGAUUUGUAUGAGCGAGCAAGAGCAAAUGGGUGGAUACCUGAUAUUAAAGCAUUCUCUACAAUGAUGAAAAUGUACAAUCUUGCUUGGGAUUUUGAUGGUGCAUUGUAUACAUUCCAAGAAAUGAAAGCACUGGGAGUUAAGCCUAAUUUGGUUGUAUAUAAUACAAUGUUGGACACAGUAGCAAAGGUAGAGAAGCCAAGGGAGGCUAAACAGCUAUUUGAAGAGAUGAUUGAUGUGGGACUUAGACCUGAUCAGAUAACUUUUACUUGCCUUUUAAGGAUAUAUGCUAAGGCUAAGCGGGGAGGUGACGCUUUGCAGCUGUUUGAAAAAAUGAAAGAACAAGAAUGCAAGGAGGACACCAUUCUUUAUAAUACCCUGUUGGGCAUGUGCGCUGAUAUAGGCCUUGUGGAGGAGGCUGUCAUACUUUUUAAGGAGAUGUGUGAGUCAGACAGUUGUAAGCCUGAUAGCCGGAGUUAUACAUCGAUGAUAGAUCUCUAUGCAAGUAGAGGUCAGAUAGAAGAGGCUAGUAGGAUGUUCAGUGAGAUGAUGGAAGCUGGAUUCAGGCCUAAUCUGAUGGUUUGCACAUCUCUUAUACAAUGUUAUGGUAGAAUAAAGAGAUUUGAUGAUGUUGUAAGGACAUUUAAUCUUCUUCUUGAUGAAAGGAUCUCUCCAGAUGACAAGUUUUGUGGAUCUCUCCUAUCAGUGCUUACUCUCUGUGAGAAGAAAGAGUUCAAUAAGAUUCAUGAAUGCAUUGAGAAAAUCAAUCCUGAAUUGAGUGUACUUAUCAAGAUGCUGCAGGAAGAGGACAUCAUCUUAUCAGCUCUUGAAGAAGAACUUGAAACUGUAUUGUAUCAGGCAUCAGACGAAGUUCGAAAACCCUUUUGUAAUUAUUUAAUUGACUUGUGUUACAAGUUUAACUCACCAGAAAGAGCUCGCAAUUUGUUCUCUCUGGGAACAUUUUUUGGAGUCUACACAGAUCUUCAGAUCAAGUCAAAUAGAGAAUGGUGUUUAAAUUUACGCAGCCUCUCAUUUAAAGUAGCAAUUACUGCCUUUGAUGAUUGGAUAGUCAGUCUAUCAAAAUCUCUUAAAAAUGGGAAGGAGAUACCUCCAUUGCUUUGGAUUCAUACUGGUCAUGGAAAUCACAAGGGCUCUUCGGAUCAAAGUUCCAGUUUGGUAACUCUCUUUGGAACUCAUUUAAGGGAAUUGGAUUCUCCUUUUGAGCAGAGUACGGAAAGAGUUGGUUGGUUUUUAGCAACACGAGAUGCAGCAAUUUCAUGGCUACACUCAAGGAAUUCAUCUAUAGUAAUCACUGGCUAGAUAAGUUGCUGUUGCUAUUAAUUCAUGUUUUGGGCCAGAUUGUACAAUAUUCUGAUUUCUCUUUCCUCUUCAAUGAGUAGCUGUAUGUGGGGUUUUCUCCCAAUUCAACCUAUUGUAGAUACUUCCCUCUUUGGAAUCGUUAAUUUUAUACAUGAAUAGAUGCAGGAGCAACUGGAAUCAUAAGAUCUAUUUCAGAGAACAAUAAAAACAGCUUAAAUUAGAUUUUCCAUACAAAGGAAGAAAAGUAACUUGAGAACAGUCUCUUCCUUCAAACAGGGAAAAUCAAUCACAUUCUUCUAGAAAAAACAGCUUUAUUCUAAGGAAGUGUAAAUUUCUCGGAAGUUAGUAAAGUGUAUAGAGGCUCUAGAAAAUCUAGGAGCCUUUUCAAGUCA